UUUUUUUUUUUUGCCCCAAAACAACCACAGACUCUUAGUUUCCUUUUUUUCCUGGUGUCUUCUGUAAAAACAUGGAGAACGUGUCGAUCCUCGUCAACGUGCCGUCAGUCUGUAACGACUCUCUGGACUUCUAUUCGCUCACGUCAGGAAACCGCUCAGACCUGAACUGCACUCCUCCGGCUGAGUUUUACUUCUACGCUGACCUUUACGUUAUUUUGCCGGUCAUCUACUCUGUGAUCUGCGCUGUCGGACUCACAGGAAACACCGCCGUCAUAUACGUGAUCCUCAAAGCGCCCAAGAUGAAAACCGUCACCAAUAUGUUCAUCCUCAACUUGGCCAUCGCCGAUGACUUGUUCACGUUGGUGCUGCCGAUAAAUAUCGCCGAACACUUGUUGCACUAUUGGCCUUUUGGGGAAGUUUUGUGUAAAAUCAUCCUGAGCAUCGACCACUACAACAUCUUCUCCAGUAUCUACUUCCUGACGGUGAUGAGUAUCGACCGUUAUCUGGUGGUUUUGGCCACAGUGAGGUCCAAACGCAUGCCUUAUCGCACCUACAGAGCAGCCAAAAUCAUCUCACUGUGCGUCUGGGUGCUUGUUAUCCUCAUCGUGAUGCCUUUCACUGUUUUCGCCGGCGUCUACGAGAAUCCAAACGUCGGUAGGAAGAGUUGCGUGCUGAGCUUCCCGACCCCGGAGAGUUUGUGGUUCAAAGCGAGCCGGAUCUACACCCUGAUUCUGGGCUUCGCUAUCCCCGUUUCCACCAUCUGCAUCUUAUACACCAUGAUGUUGUACAAGCUGAGGAACAUGAGGCUCAACAGUAACGCCAAGGCGCUGGACAAGGCCAAGAAGAAAGUCACCAUCAUGGUUUUCAUCGUGUUGGCCGUCUGCUUGUUCUGCUGGACGCCGUUCCACCUCAGCACCAUCGUGGCGCUAACCACCGACCUGAGGACGACCCCGCUCCUCAUCGGGAUUUCCUACUUCAUUACCAGUCUGAGCUACGCCAACUCCUGCCUCAACCCCUUCCUCUACGCCUUUCUGGACGACAGCUUCAGGAAGGCCUUUAAGAAGAUGUUGGAGUGCAGACAAGCGUGAAUGUGAAACUCAGACUAACUGACUGAAGAAAAGGCUGAGUGAAACGUCUGCUUUAAAUCCAAAUGGUCAAUGUAAUUUGUGACAUAGGGCUGCAACUGCAACUCCUUUUCACUGUCAACUCAUCUGUCGAUUGGUUGAUCGAUUAGUUGUCAACAGUGUUGUAUAAAGUACUGGAAAGUCCCACUUCGGUAGCAUUUCAUUUGGCGACUUGAACUUCUACCAAAGUCAGUUUUUGGUAGGGCACCUGUAGUUCUACUCAAGUUAAAGUCUUUAACUAUCUAGUAUUUACUGUACUCAAGUAUAUCAAGUAAUCUAGAGUUAAAUUUACUCAAGUAAUGAAAGCAGAAGUAAAUGUUAAUAGCCACCAAAGUCAGUCAGAAUUUGGAAUAUUACGCUGUUGCUCACACCAACAGAUAUUCGACAGGUUGUGAGGAUGUCGUUUGCACUUGUUCGUUACAUGAUUCGACCCAAUGACAAAUCAUCUUUCUGACUUUGUUGCAAACACCAAAUUUCCUUUAAUUUAUUUUGUAUAUGAGUAACAAUACUGUGCAUUUAACAUUUAGAGUAGAAGUAUGCAAUUGACUUAUAAAAUGAAAGUAAACAGAAUAAAAAAUACUCUGUAAAGUACAAAUUCUCCCAAAACAUA